CCAAGCACCGUCGCCGCGCCAACACGUUGCCCCGUACACAGGAUCGCCAACCAUACAAUCGCGGCAUGCCAUUGCAAGGGASGCCGACCAUGGACGCCGGGGACGAGCGAGCAAGAGAGGGCGGUGGUGGCCGGCCCGAGAGUCCCGAGAGCCGCCGGCACACAAACGACGCCUCGCGCAAGCGCAAGCCCCGGUCCGGGAGGGAAGACCGCGGCCGGAGGAGCCGCAGCCGCCGCGAGGACCGGUGCGGCGAGAAAGGGAGACCGCGCUCGGGGCCGAGGCCCGACAACGAAAGCGAGAGCGACGGAGACGCCCGGCGCCGCCGGAGGCGGGCGGCGAAGCGGAACGCGAGGAAGGAGGAACGCGAGCGGGGGCGGCGGAGGCGAACGCACCGGAAAGGGCGGAAACGAAGAAAGCACAAGCGAUCCGCGUCGCCCUCCUCUUCGUCGUUGUCUUCGGGCGGUGAAUCGUCGUCGUCCUCCUCCUCCUCUUCGUCGUCUAUCCCCGACAAGAGGGCGAAGCGCAAGAGGUCCCGGAGGGAGGGCCCGAAACGGAAACGGCGAAGGGAGGCCCGAGGCGGAGAGAAGGCGGCAGCGCCUCGAGAACCACCUCCUCCGAACCGAGACCCGACCGUUGCGGCGGAAGCCGCCCCGUUGAUCACCGCCGCCGGGACGGCUUCCGCCGCCCGGUCCCGGUCGAUGGCCCCGAUGUCCAGGGAAGAACACGCCCUGGAGCAGUCCAGGAUCCGCGAGGUCUACGACCCGCUGAGCGGGCGGGUCCGCCUCGUCCGGGGGACCGGCGAAAUCAUCGAGCGCAUCGUCUCGGCGGACGCCCACAAGCGCAUCAACGCGGUGGCCACCAGGGGGGACGGCUCCGCCUUUUCCCGCGGCGUCUACGACCGGCUGAACAGGCGGUGAGGCGGCGGCUCGACAAACAAUAGAGAUAGAACGAAAGAAACACCAAUUCUUUCACAAAGCAAUAAAUACAGGAACCACUA